AUGGACAACGGAUACCGUUUCCACUUGUGCAUGCGUAAGCAAAUUCUAACACUUAUAGACUAUUUGCCAGUCAACGAUAUUCCGGACUUGGACAGUCAGCAAGAGACCACAAAAUCCCAUAAAAAGGACUCACUGUCUGUCUCACACCUCAACGCAAAAGCAAAGAAAAAUCAGUUUAGUAUCAUUCUCAUUAUGGGAUCCUCAAAUUCACUCAUUGUUACAUUAUUCUUGAUUCUAGUAUCAAAUUUAUGGGCUGCUACUUCACAAUCAAUUCAAGAAAAAUUCUAUACGUGCAUUUCUGUCAAUUCCAAACUUCCUAUCCCGUUUUCAAAAGCUUUCUUUGCCCCUGGCAAUGCUUCAUAUAGUUCCAUCCUGGAGUCUUCUGCGAUGAAUUUAAGGUAUUUGACGCCUUCUGUGCCGAAACCUCAGAUGAUCUUCACCCCAUUAACUGAAAAUCAUGUUCAGGCAGCUGUUCAAUGCACAAAACAGGUCGGAAUUCAACUUAGAUUCCGAAGUGGAGGCCAUGAUUAUGAGGGCCUCUCGUACGCGUCACAAACGGAACAACCUUUUCUCCUUGUAGACCUAUCGAAACUCCGGAGUGUCGAUGUAGACAUACAGGACAACAGCGCGUGGGUGCAAGUUGGUGCUACUAUUGGUGAGUUUUAUUACAAAAUUUCACAGAAAAGUAAAAUUCAUGGAUUCCCCGCAGGACUUUGCCCCAGCUUAGGAGUUGGAGGGCACAUAACAGGAGGAGCAUAUGGUUCCAUGAUGAGGAAAUAUGGCAUCGGAGCUGACAAUGUUGUCGAUGCGCGAAUAGUUGAUGCAAGCGGCAAAAUUCUUGAUCGGAAAUCAAUGGGAGAAGAUCUUUUCUGGGCUAUUAGAGGUGGUGGUGGAGCUAGUUUUGGAAUCAUACUCGCUUGGAAAGUCCGAUUAGUCCCUGUUCCAGAAACUGUCACUGUUUUCACUGUUCCAAAAACCUUGGAACAAGGUGCUACAAAGAUUCUCUACAGAUGGCAACAAGUGGUUGAUAAACUUGAUGAGGAUCUGUUCAUCAGAGUCAUCAUUACAAAAGCAAAUGGUGCUCAAAAGGGCGAGCAGACAGUACAAAAUUUGUACCAAGGUUUAUUUCUUGGCAGAGCCGAUAGAUUGCUUGGAAUAAUGGCCGAAUGUUUCCCCGAGUUGGGAUUGACACAAAAGGACAGCACUGAAAUGAGCUGGAUCCAAUCAGUGAUGUAUAUUGGUGGUUACCCACCGAAUACACCACCUGAGGUUUUGCUUCAAGGGAAGGCCUUAUUCAAGAACUACUUCAAAGCCAAAUCAGACUUCAUAAAAGAACCAAUCCCAGAGACUGGAUUAGAAGGACUAUGGAAAAGUUUUCUUGAAGAGGAAUCGCCGUUGAUGCUAUGGACUCCUUAUGGUGGCAUGAUGAGUAACAUUUCAGAAUCUGAAAUUCCAUUCCCUCACAGAAAAGGUGUCAUAUUUAUGAUACAAUACGUUACCAGUUGGAACGACGCUAAACCAGAAUCCACCACGAAGCACAUGGAUUGGGUAAGAAAACUGUACAAUUACAUGGCUCCAUAUGCUUCCAUGUCACCAAGAGAAUCCUAUGUUAAUUACAGGGAUCUUGAUUUGGGUUCAAACAAAAAUGGUACAAGUCUAGAAGAAGCAAGUUUGUGGGGCACCAGCUAUUUCAAGGACAAUUUCAACAGACUAGUAAAUAUAAAGACUAAGGUUGAUCCUGAUAAUUUCUUCAGACAUGAACAGAGCAUCCCAACUCUUUGACGAAUUCGAAAACAGGGAAGAGAUUGACUCACUGGAAACACUUGCUACCUCCAUAACAACUAAUAAGACAGUAUAUCAGUUUGUUUUUAGAAUUCCUCCCUGUUAUAAGCAUUGGUAUUUCAUCAUCUUCCAGCAGCUUUUAAUCAUUGUAGACAUCUACAGUAUCAGUGUCUAUUAUGUAUGUCUUUUCCUCUUAUUUAUAAAAAGAAUGUACUCAUCUUAAAUAAUGUGCUCAUCUUUACUUUUCAUCCUUCCAUUUUCUUUGGCAAA